AUACAAGCAUGUGAUUCAACAGCUGUGUGUCUCUUCAACUAAACAAUCAUCACUAUAUAUCUCUCUCUUACCAUCCUCACUUCCCCUUUUGACUCCUCCCAUUUCACCACUUCUCUCCCUUCUCCUUCACUUUCUCUGCAAUCUCCUCUCUUUCCAAUGGGAGAAGAACACAAGCUAAUUUGCAGCUAAUUCCCCCCCCCCCCAUUAAAUUUAACACCCUCCCUUCAAAAUGAAACUACACACUACUAAUCUCUUCCUCCUCCUCCUCCUCCUCUCCUCCGCCGCCGACAACAGCCGCGACUCCCGCGACCUAAUCUCCUUCAAAAACGCCCUCCCCAACCCAACCCAGCUCAGCGCAUGGAAUCCCAGCGCCUCCCCCUGCAACUUCCCCGGCGUCUCCUGCAACAACAACUCCCGCGUCUCCGCCCUCGACCUCUCCAAUCACCACCUCGACGCCGACUUCUCCGCCGUCGCCGCCUUCCUCCUCCCCCUCCAAGCCCUCCAGUCCCUCAAUCUGCAAAACUCCAACAUCUCCGGCUCCAUUUCUAAACUCACCUGCUCCGCCGCCCUGAUUUCGUUGGAUCUCUCUCAGAACUCCAUCUCCGGCCAGCUCUCCGACCUCGCCGCCUGCUCCUCCCUCGCCUCCCUCAACCUCUCCGCCAACUCAAUCAACCACUCUCCCCCACGCGCCGCCGCGUUUCCCUCCCUCAAAACCCUCGAUCUCUCCCACAACAACAUCUCCGGCGACUCCGCCGCCGCGUGGCUGCUCUCCGCCGCCGCAUUCCCCUCCCUCCAGCAAUUGUCCCUCCAAUUCAACAAGCUCGCCGGAAUCCUCCCGGAACUCAGCUCCAAAAACCUCGCCUAUUUGGAUCUCACCAAAAACAACAUCUCCGGAAAUUUCCCCAAAAUCGGCGACUGCUCGAGCUUGCAGCACCUCGAUUUGUCCUCCAACAGAUUCUCCGGGGAGGUCGGAAGCUCCCUCGCCUCAUGCUCGAAGCUCACCUUCCUCAAUUUAACCGACAACCACCUCACCGGAGCUCUCCCCGUGCUCCCCGCCGCCACUUUGCAGUAUCUCUACCUCCAGCAAAACGACUUCCAAGGCGUCGUUUCGUCGUCUCUCUCUGAAUCCUGCUCCACUCUGAUUCAGUUGGAUCUCUCCUUCAACAAUUUCACCGGCUCCUUGCCGGAAACCCUCGCGGAAUGCUCUUCUCUAACUCAUCUCAGCGCCUCCAACAACAACUUCUCCGGCAUAUUGCCUGUCGACACGCUUCUUAAAUUGACGAAUUUGAGAAAUCUGCAGCUUUCCUUCAACAAUUUCGUCGGAGAUUUACCAGAUUCCUUCUCAAAGCUGCAGUCUUUGGAGGUUUUGGAUGUGAGUUCCAACAAUGUGUCUGGAUUAAUUCCGGCUGGGCUGUGCAGCGGAGGUGGUACCAGCAGCUUGAGGGUGUUGUACCUUCAAAACAACAUGUUCACAGGUACAAUCCCUCAAAGCCUGAGCAACUGUUCAAAUUUGGAGUCACUUGAUCUUAGCUUCAAUUAUCUCAGCGGCACAAUUCCUGCUAGUUUGGGUUCUUUGUCUAAGUUGAAAGAUGUAAUUCUGUGGUUGAAUCAACUCCAUGGUGAAAUCCCUCAAGAGUUUAUGUAUCUGCAGAGUUUGGAGAAUCUGAUUCUUGAUUUCAAUGAUUUGAGUGGCUUGAUCCCUUCUAGCCUUAGCAACUGCACUAGGUUGAACUGGAUUUCCUUGUCCAAUAACAAUCUCUCCGGUGAGAUACCGUCCUCGUUGGGGCAGCUGCGCAACCUGGCUAUCUUGAAGCUCGGCAACAACUCCUUGUCCGGGAGCAUCCCGGGCGAGUUGGGCGAUUGCCAGAGCUUGAUUUGGUUGGAUUUGAACACAAACUCUCUCAAUGGCCCGAUCCCGCCUGCUCUGUUCAAGCAGUCGGGCAACAUUGCUCAGGCCGUGCUAACGGGGAAGAGCUACGUGUACAUCAAGAACGAUGGGAGCAAGCAGUGCCAUGGUGCUGGCAACUUGCUCGAGUUUGGGGGGAUUAGGGCUGAGCAGCUGAAUAGGAUCUCGACUAGGCACCCGUGCAACUUCACCAGGGUGUAUAAGGGCAUCACCCAGCCCACGUUUAACCACAAUGGAUCGAUGAUCUUUCUUGAUGUGUCGUAUAAUAAGCUGGAGGGGAGCAUACCUAAGGAGCUAGGGACGAUGUACUACUUGUCGAUCUUGAAUAUGGGGCACAAUGAUAUCUCUGGCCCGAUCCCUCAGGAGCUUGGGCAUUUGAAGAAUGUAGCCAUUCUCGAUCUGUCCUACAAUAGGCUGAAUGGCACGAUCCCACAGUCGUUGACAGGGCUCACGUUGCUCGGGGAUAUUGAUCUGUCGAACAAUAAUCUUUCUGGGAUUAUACCUGAAUCAGCGCCCUUUGACACGUUCCCGGAUUACAGGUUUCUUAACAAUUCAGGGCUGUGUGGGUACCCUUUGCCUCGGUGUGGGGGCGAGGUGGCUGCGGGGAGCUCGGGCCAGCAUCCUAAAUCGCGUAGGAAGCAAGCGAGCCUUGCAGGGAGUGUGGCGAUAGGGUUGUUGUUUUCAUUGUUUUGCAUAUUCGGUUUGGUUAUUGUGGCCGUGGAGACGAAGAAGCGGAGGAAGAAGAAGGAGGCGGCUCUCGAGGCGUACAUGGAGAACCACUCGAACUCGGCCACGUUGCAGAGCAACUGGAAGCUUAGCGCGAAGGAUGCGCUGAGCAUCAACCUCGCCACAUUUGAGAAGCCAUUGAGAAAGCUGACCUUUGCUGAUCUCUUAGAGGCCACGAACGGGUUCCACAAUGACACAUUGAUAGGGUCCGGUGGCUUCGGGGACGUGUACAAGGCGCAGCUCAAGGAUGGGAGUGUUGUCGCCAUCAAGAAGCUGAUACAUGUGAGUGGGCAGGGCGACCGGGAGUUCACGGCGGAGAUGGAGACUAUCGGGAAGAUCAAGCACCGGAACCUUGUUCCUUUACUAGGUUACUGCAGGGUGGGCGACGAGCGCCUCCUCGUGUACGAGUACAUGAAGUACGGGAGCCUCGAAGACGUACUCCACGACCGGAGGAAGGCCGGGAUCAGCCUCAACUGGUCUGCGAGGAGGAAGAUCGCGAUCGGGGCGGCCCGGGGGCUGGCAUUCCUCCACCACAACUGCAUCCCGCACAUCAUCCACCGGGACAUGAAGUCGAGUAACGUGCUCCUCGACGAGAAUCUUGAGGCUAGGGUUUCGGAUUUCGGGAUGGCGAGGCUGAUGAGCGCGAUGGACACACAUUUGAGUGUGAGCACGCUGGCUGGCACUCCGGGGUAUGUGCCCCCAGAGUACUACCAGAGCUUCCGUUGCUCGACCAAGGGCGACGUCUACAGCUACGGGGUUGUGCUGCUCGAGCUCCUCACCGGGAGGAAGCCCACAGACUCCCCCGACUUCGGGGACAACAACCUCGUCGGGUGGGUGAAGCUCGUUGCCAAGACUAAAGUUAGCGACGUUUUCGACCCACUCCUUCUCAAGGAGGAUCCGAGCCUUGAAAUCGAGCUGCUGCAGCAUCUGACGGUUGCGUGCGCGUGCCUGGAAGACCGUCCGUGGAAGCGGCCCACGAUCAUCCAGGUCAUGGCCAUGUUCAAGGAGAUCCAGGCAGGGUCGGGGCUCGACUCGACGUCCUCCAUCGCCAUAGACGACGACGCCUUCACCGCCAUCGAAGGGGUGGGGAUGAGCAUCAAGGAAGGCAAUGAGCUCAGCAAGCAUUUGUGAUGUUUCAAUGGAUUCUUUGUGGAGAUGCUGAUUCAAAAUGCCUCUCAAAAAUUUUCCCCUCAAGAAAAUGGUAUAGACUUGUACUUGUGCCUGAGAUUGUUGUACCUAGCUAGUAGAAGAAAAAAAUCUUGUUAUUACACAUAAAAAGGGAUGUUGUUUAACUUGUAACAAAUGUUGUACAGAUAUAGUUUGAGUUUGUUAUGAAUCAUUUUACAUUUUUCAUA